AAGAAAAUGCUGCCAUCAAUAACCAGGGAAUCCAUCAAGAUUCACAAACAAAUUCUUCCUUCACCGACUGGAACAUCCCCUGUUAUUGGAAGACUAAUUUCAACUCUCUCCACCAAACCAAACCCUCAUGAAUCCACUGCUCAACACAACAAUGUCUCUUCUUGGCCACAUUCAUUCAGUCAUCAAACUCUUUUGCAUAGCUCCCUAUUCUCUCAACUUAGGUCACCAUCGAAUCUUUAUGAAGCCAAAAGAUUACAUGCUACUUUGAUUGUCAACGGAUUCUUCAACUCCAGCGAUGCUAUUAAGGUCCCUGGUUCACAGCUUGUUAACGUUUACGUUAGAUUUGGCUGCCUAGAAGACGCACUGUUUUUGUUUGAUAAAUUGCCCCAGAGGAGUAAUCUUGCUUGGAAUGCGAUCCUAAGAGGUUUUCUUGACGCGGGUGGCUUUUCCAGAGCAAUUGAAUUCUACCACUUGAUGGUUAGUCAAGGGUUGGUUCCUGAUAAUUUCACUUACCCACUUGUUUUCAAGGCUUGUAUUGAGUUGAAUGAUAUUGAGGAAGGUAAAAAGCUUCGAGAUUUUAUAGUGUGGAAUGAGAGUCAAUAUAAUAUGAAGCGCAAUGUUUAUGUUGAAUGUGCAAUGAUAGAUAUGUUUGCCAAGUGUGGUAGUCUAAGUGAAGCUCGACAGGUUUUUGAAGGAAUAGGAGAGAAAGAUUUAGCUUGUUGGAGUGCACUGAUAUGUGGGAAUGUGCAGAGUGGAGAGUGGCUUGAGGCGUUGUCUUUAUUUAAAAGGAUGCUAUUAGAGGGCCUAAGACCUGAUUCAGUAAUUAUGGUCGCCGUUCUUCCAUCUUGUGGCCGACUUGAAGAUAUGGAAAUGGGAAUGACCCAUCACGGAUGUGCUAUAAAGUGUGGUUUUGAAAGUGAUUUGUAUGUUUCUAAUGCUCUAAUGGAUAUGUACUGUAAAUGCAGUGCCACUCGUUUUGCGUACUCUUUAUUUUGUAACAUGGACAAUAAGGAUGUAGUCUCUUGGAGUACCUUGAUUGCUGGCUAUUCACAAAAUUGCCAGUACAAUGAGAGUUUGCAGCUGUAUAUCAUGAUGAAAGACACACAAAUAAGAACGAAUGCUGUUAUUGCUUCAAGUGUUCUUCCAGUAUUGUCCAGGCUAAAACUUUCGAAGCUUGGGAAGGAGAUGCAUGGUUACAUCCUAAAACAGGGGUUUGAUUCCGAUAUUGUUGUUGGAGCUUCAUUGGUUGAAUUUUAUUCCAGUUGUAACUCAAUGAUAAAAGCAGAGCACGUUUUCAGGAUGAUGUCAGAAAGUGACAUUAUGUUAUGGAAUUCAAUAAUUGUAGGAUAUUCUUUGAAUGGUGGGGUUGAGAAUGUAUUUCAUAUUUUUCGGCGGAUAUGGGAUUUCCAUCUCAGACCGAAUUCCAUAACCCUGAUCAGCAUUCUUCCAAUUUGCACAAAGAUUGGAACUCUUAGAUAUGGGAAAGAAAUCCAUGCCUAUGCAACCAGAAGUGAUAUUGGAUCAGCAGUUUCGGUCGGAAAUGCACUAAUAGAUAUGUACUGCAAAUGUGGGAGUCUUGAACUUGCAGUAAGAGUUUUCAAUCAGAUGAAGGAAAGGAAUAUUGUGACAUAUAACACAAUUAUCUCUGCUCAUGGGAUUUAUGGACUUGGAGAACAUAUUUUUCAAUUCUUUGAGAAAAUGAAGGAGGCAAGAAUUAGACCUAAUAAAGUCACUUUUAUAACUCUCUUGACAGCCUGCAGUCAUUCUGGUCUUGUUGAUAGAGGCUGGUCAUUGUAUCAUUCUAUGGUGUAUGAUUACAAUAUUCCACCUGACAUGGAGCACUACUCAUGCAUCGUGGACCUUCUUGGUCGAGCAGGGCACCUUGAUGAUGCAUAUUAUCUUAUCAAAAGAAUGCCGGUGGAACCCGACAUGAACGUUUUGGGGAGUUUGCUUGGUGCCUGCAGAGUCCAUAAUAAGGUUGAUCUGGCUGAGUGUAUAAUGAAGCAUAUUUUAGAGAAAAAUCAGAAAGAUUCGGGACAUUACGUUCUGUUAUCCAAUGUAUAUGCUUCUACAGGAAGAUGGAAAGAUGCAAUGAAAGUCAGAACUAUGAUAAAAGAGAAGCAUCUGCCGAAGAGACCUGGAAGUAGCUGGAUUGAGAUUAGCCAAACUACUGGAAAAUGAAGCUUUUAUAUUCCCCUGUAAUAUACAUAAUAGAAAAAAAAAUUGUCUUUUAGA